GGACUCGCUCCCAAGUGUAGGGGGGCCUCCUGCAGCGGCUCCCUGCAGGGCCUGCGGCCCGUGGGCUGCUGAGGCCGGCGCCGAACGGGCGCGUUCUUCCCCUGCGUGGCUGUGGGGAGCGGAGGGACGGUGAGGGGUGUCGGGCUGGCCUCAGGGGAGCGGUGUGAGGAGGGGCGGCCGGAGGAUUUCGGGGCAGGCAGCGCUGCGCCCGGUGGGACGUGGAACACGGUCCCGGUGGCAGCGGACAGCGCCGGGCUUCGCGCUGUGUCUGCCGGAGCUGACUGGGGUGGGGGCCGCCGCGGCCUGAAGGGAGGCGGCAGGCCCGGCUAAAGCAGCGCGGAGCUUUCAGUGUCCCCGAGCUUCCAGCCUGGCUGCACGUACCCGCGCUUGCAGGAGACUUUACCUGCCCUUUUGUACAGUUGCAUCAUUUUACAGGUUUUUGCAGCAGGCUGAAUCAAGGACUGAUCCAGGUGAUAAACCGCUUAUCUUUUGAAGUGUUUUUUUUAUACAUUUUUUUCACUAUCUGUUUGCAUAAUCCCAGGAAUACACUUGUGUUAGACAUCAGCAGAGGUAGAACUGAAAUAUGGGAUGGGAAAAAAGCACUGGAGGUGGAAGUCCACAGAAGCUGCUUGCACCGGUUUUGCUAGUAGCCAAGCCUGUCGGUUCUGGUGCUAUCUCCAGCACUGAAAGAGUAGCUUCUUUCCCCAAGGAUAGCUCACGCUUUUUUGUUCAGUAUGUCCAAUGUUCUGAAGCAAGAUUUUGUUUGCAAAACUGUUAAUAAUCCUCACCAGUUUUUUUAUGAGUGUUCUCUAAAGAAAUGCUUACACUGGGAAGUUUAAACUCCUACUAGUGUAUUCUAGCACAAAUGCAGUUAAUGAAGCACACACACGCACACACCCCCCAAUGUAGACUAACGUGAGUAUGCCCGAGUACAUACGCAUGUGUACCUGAGUAUGCGCAAACAGGAGAAAAUUACAGAACUUCUGCCCUGUACAGAACAUUUAUUAAAUACCAAAUACUAUGGGAAAGAAACACCGAAUGAGGUCUGUUAAAAUACUAUCUUCGAAAAAUGCCUCAGUUUAUUACAGCUCCAAUUUCCUCCCCACUCCCCCCCCCCCCCCCCCCCCCCCCCCCCCCCCGAAAAGUCCACUUUGUUCUUUGGUGUGAAUAAAUGUAGGCCAAAUCGAAACAAGAGUUUCGUUACUCAAAAGAAGUGUGAGGUUGAGGGAACAGAUUUGACAUUCCUUGCCAAACUCCUGCAGUGCCUCAUGCUGUGAAAGUGAAUUCUCAGAAGAUAUGAGGCAGGGAGAAAACUUGGAAUAGAGCCCUGUUCUCUGGAAAUUGAGUUGCACUUUUCAUCUGCUUAAAAAAUGUUCUGAAAGGACAAGCUGUUUAAUGCAAUCAAAAGGUCUUAUUCAGAGCAUAGGAACACCAUGUGUCAUUUUGCUUGCCAGAUUAUUUCUGGGUUUCAGAAAUCAACUGCAGUGCAAAGGUUGUAAAAGACAAAUACUGCAGUGCUGUGGAACAGAUAGGAUACAUCAAGCUUGAUCAGAUCACCUGCUUCCAGAACCUCACAGACAUCAGAAAUUAAAAGUAUUUUUCAUUUGUACUCUCUGAGGGAGAAAGAUGUGAACCAUUUGAUGUCUGUUACGGAGAUGGAAAGGCGCAAGGACUGAAACAGCAGAGAUUUCACAUGCUUCUUGUCCUUUUCGAGUCUGGGUGUAAGGGGAAUUAUGCUUGCGCUGUUGCUCUGCUUGUGAUGUCUGGCUACGAGGUUGCUCAGUACAGAAUCAGGAGGUGAUAGGCAAAGAUGGCCCAUUGCCCAGAAUGUCCCGCACAAGAUUGGCAGUGAUUUGCCAGGAUUGUCUGUGGUGUCCCUGUAAUACUUGGGAAUCUGGAUGGUUAGGGUGAGUGGGGUUACUUGCAUCUGCAGGUUAAGUGCCAAUGAGGAGCGAAGAAACAGACUGUUAGCUAGGUAAAAGGUCUAAAUGGAAAACCUAUUCUUUGAAAGAAAAGAAAUUUCAGUGUGUCAGGGUAAUGUAGGCAGUGGAUUAAAAUGGAAAAUCCAGCAAGUGAACUGUGAUGAUACUUCCUCUAAAGAAACGUGAAUCUGCUUUUUAUUUGUCUAACUGAAAAGGGAGCCCCCAGAGCCUUCCUGAACAGUCUUGCUCUUGCUGGGAAUAAGGAAAUUCCUUUUCCUGCUUUCUUUCCAGAGAGUUUGAAGUAAGCAGAGGUGAUACCUAGGAACAGCCUCGGAACAUCAGCUGAAAGGGAAUUUCACAGGCAGCAUUCCCUUCUUGACUGGGAUUAGCAUCUAUGUGCCAACCUUCUUCCUGGAGUAAUCAAUGACAAAAAAAGCAUUUAAAAUCAGUGGGUGCAAAGGGUUAAGUUUUGGGUCAUUCAGAAAUUAAGGAAAAGUCCUUUAAACUGAAAAGGGAGAGAGCAUGACAAGAAGAUGGGAGGUCACGUGGGUUUUUUUGUUUGUUUGCUCCUGUUUUUUAUAUAUUAUUUUCUAACUCAAACUUGAAUAAGGCACAGCCAAGAAAGAACGAUGCUUUGUCUGCCUUUCUGUGGCUUGAUAGUUUAAUCUGUAAUUGGUCCCAAGACAUUUGAGCUCCACUCAUUUCCCAAACACCAUGUCCCUUUGAGCUUGUUAGCAGAGCAGUGGGUGGCGGAGUAGCCAAAACGUUGUUGCCUUCUUGUUUGACUGUUAUCCCCUGGAGUAGGGAGAGGGACUGCUGAUAGGGCAGAGAACAAGGCAGAGGGGCCUUUGCGUCUUUUCAGUGCUGUUUGCUGGUUUUGUUUUCUGGCAUCUCUGAGGCUUAAGCUUUGGAGACCAGCCAUCGAACAUCCUGUUUUCACUGAAUUUUCCCCUGUUCUUCCCAGUCUCUUCUCCUUUCUUCUGGUUGCAGAGUUGCUGCAAUAGCACCAAGUGUAUGAACAAAUGUGGUGGAACAGAUGCUGAACUGUGUUCACUGUCUCCAUGGGGAGAAGCUGAGAGGGAUCGCAGUGCAAACCAGAUGUUUGUCAUUUUGUUUGAUGCAUCUCCUGAAAAGUGCUGAGACAAUAUGGCCGUGGAGCAGAGUCUAGGAACAGGUGCUGGACAUGAUGGGGAAUGGCAGAAGUGCCUUCCUGCUUACAGGAAAUGCAGGUUUCAGAUAAACAAGAGCCUAUGAGAACUUGCACCUCCCUUCUCCCUCACAGAUGGAAGGCUCCAAGGAAAAAAUCAUCCUGAAUAUUGGGGGAGUGAGAUAUGAGACAUACAGCAGCACCCUCCAGACCUUCCCAGGAACCAAGCUGUGCAGCCUAACAGAGCCCCAUGCCCCAAGCAUCUACGACUAUGAUCCCGCCACCAAAGAGUUCUUUUUUGAUAGGAGUGCUGAAAUCUUCAGCUACGUGUUGAACUAUUAUAGGACCAAACAUUUCCACUGUCCCAUUGAUAUCUGUAGGUCAGUCUUAGAAGAAGAGCUGGCUUUCUGGGAAAUAAAUGAGACACAGCUAGCAUCCUGCUGCUGGUUGAAGCUGAAUAACAAAGAGGUGCAGCCAGAGGAAUUUAACAUUUGGGAUGAAAAUGAACAGACUGAUGACCAGUGCCUCAUAGUCCAGACAGAAAGAAGGGAUUUCAGCUGGCGAACCAGGUGGCAGCCAAAGAUUUGGUCUGUUUUUGAAAAACCCUUUUCCUCUUUCAGUGCUAAGUGCUUGGCUUUUGUUUCCCUGCUGUUCAUCGUUGGAAUCGUCAUCAUAUUCUGUGAGGAGACCAAGGCACAAUUUGAGUUUUUUACUGCUAACUUCACCUCUAUUGGCUAUUCUGAGGUCUCCCACAAUGACCGUGAACCCUAUUACCACCAGCCUGCCUACUUGCUUCAUCUGGAGCUUUUCUGUGUCCUCUGGUUUACUUUUGAGUUCUCUGUGCGAUUUUGUUUCUGCCCAGACAAGAAAUUGUUCUUCCAAAAUCCCCUGAACAUGGUUGACUUCCUCUCUCUCUUCCCGGUUUAUAUUGAACUCUUUGUGGCUGGGCAGAUUCAGAGAAUGCCAAGCCUGGGGCUUUGGUUGGGCUUUGUUCGCGUUGUCUAUCUCCUCAAGCUCCUGAAGAUAUCCAAGCUGAUAGAAACGCCAUUGAUCCUCAGGGUUCUGUGCUACACCCUCAAGUCUAUCCUCAGAGAGAUAUUUAUCCUGCUGAUGCUUCUGGCCUUUGAGACCCUCUUCUUUGGCUCUCUCUUUUUCUAUGGGGAGUUGCUGGGUAGCCACCCCUCCUACACAGGGGAGCUGCACUUCACUGACAUUCUUGUUUGCUUCUGGUGGGCUUUGAUCACGCUCACUACAGUGGGCUACGGAGAUAUUAUCCCUCUCACCACAGCUGGCCAAGUGACAGCAGCCUUAGCCGCGGUGUUCGGCAUGUUAACUAUUAUCAUCCCAAUACCCAUUUUCCUGGUGAAAUUUAAAAGCUAUUAUGACAUUGCUAUCUUCAAACAGAAGCUGAAAAGGAGCAAGAAACUUUAACACUUCAGAACCUGCGUUCCCCUUUGCUUUUAGCAAUAAACCUUCCCUUUUGUGGGAAGGGAGUGCAAGUAGUUCUUACUGCAUUUACUUGCUGCCUUAGCACAUUUCAAACCAUUGGUGAGGCCUCAGGUUGCAGUACUUGAUCAGACCUGUCAAAUCCCAUGGGUCUUUCUCACAUUGUACUUCAUUCCAUGCUCUUUUACAUGCCACAGUUUCUCUCUCUCAUCUAGCUCUUCGGAGACAGGCUGUGAUGCUGCAUUAUAGCCUGAAUGUGCACCACAUAGCUCAGUUCCAUGACCUGGGGCCGCAGCAUAUUCCCUCAGCUGGCAUACAACCCAUGAUGCUAGCUAUGCAUUCCAUCACCUGACAGACCAUAAUAACACUUUGCAUGCUGGGAAAGAAGAUUUGUGCACGGUCCUGCUCUGACAGUGGCGAGGAAGCAUGGGUGGUUUGGUUUUGGUUUUUUUUUAACAGUGUUCUGUUUCCUCAUUUUACCUUAACAAGCCAGUGCAUCUGAUUUGCCUGCCCUCACACAGAUGUAAGGAAGGCAGCAGGCUGAACUGGGUAUCUGCAGUCCUGAGAGCCAGCACUGUUUGAUAACCUGCUUUGCAGGCUCACAGGAAUUGCUGUGGCAUUCGGGUAGCAGCAAGGAAGCCCUCUGACGGCAAACCCUUUUUGGUUCCGCUGAAGUUAAUGGCAAUUUUUCCUUGACCUCAGGGAGAUCAGCAUUGCAUUGGACACUUCCAGUGGAUCAACAUAUUUCAACAGUUCUGGAUUUUUCUGUAAUGAAGUCACUGAGCUGUUAGCUAAAAUACCUGUGUGGGUUUUGCUGUUCAAAAGGAAGAACAUAAUCUACAGUACUCAAUAUAAUUUUAAUGUCAUUUACUUCCUUAAGGCAGAGAUAUAAACUAGGAGUAUUUAUCUCUUAACUGGGUAGUCUUAAUUGUUACCUAUGUUGAAUUUUGAAAUAACAAGUAUUGUUGAGGUAUGAAAAAAACCCAUAUCCCAUUUUUUACAUAGCAAGACGAUGUGCUAAAAUUAUUUUGUUUACUAAGUAAAAAAGUUCUGUAUACAAUAACAUUUAUGUAUUUAAAUUUCAUUAAGGCUGCA